AUGAAGUUUUCAUGCAUUGCUGUCAUUACCAUUGCUGUUAGUACAGCCACUGGUGCUUAUAUUGACAAUACACUCGCCGACAAAACUGCAGUUGACAGUGAACUCUUCAAUGACACCACUUAUGGACAUCAAAAUUCCAUAGUAACUAGGAAUGAUACUACAUCUACGAACAUCGCAACGUUAGACAGCUCAUCCAACGAUGAAGAUACAGCCACCGAAAGCAUAGAAGCAGAAAAAGAAUACGAAGAAGAAGCUGCGGAAGUCGCUGAAGAUAUUGCAUUAGAUGUCCAAGAUGACUUGGAAGACAACAAACCCCUUCCACCCGGUAAACUAUGUGCUACACGUCGUAAGCCUCGAUGCUGUGAAUUAGGCGGAAGAUUGUACAAAGAUGAAUGCGAGCGUCUUUCGCUGCCACUUCCAGCCAAUCGUAACGAAUUCCGAAGCACAUGUGAGGAUGUGAACAAAGUCGCUUAUUGCUGUAAGAAUUCCAUCGACAUGACCCAAAUAGGAGUCAUGUGUCGCAAAGCAAGAAAAUAA